CGAGUUUUUGAGCUAGGUACUCCAAAAUCUUGACUCUUAACUCUUAACUCGUAAAUCGCCAAUCGUCAACCCCAGCCCAACACCCAUACUUUUUUCUUUACGAUCUUUCUAGUUUUAUUUCGUGAUACCCCCAAUCAUUUGAUUUUUACGUACUACGGGCGUACGAAUUGAGGCUUAAGUUUUUUAGUACCGUCGCGUUCCCUCCGUUUCUCCCCACGCGACAUUCAAGUUCGUCGCAUCUAACGAUACCGUCGAGUUCCUAGCGAGAACUUGUUCGUUAACCUAUUUACCGACGACCACCCAUUUUCCACCGAAAUAACGGCGUCGCAUCGAACUCAUGAAUUACGUAUGAGCCUUACAUGACACAGCUAGGUUACACAUCGCGCGUGCGGGGGCGGCAGCCAUGUCGGGGCAAGCGCUUGAGGAUAUCAUCAAGAGGUUAACGACUCAAGAAACUGAACCCAAAUCAAAACUCGAUGCCGCUACGUCGCUACGAGACAGCCUCGAUGUCUACACGAACGGCCCGCAUUAUGCCGUCUUCCUCAAGCGGGUGAUGCCCUUAUUCAUCAUAAUAUUACGAGGGCCAUGCCUAUUCCAAAGCACAUCGCCGGAGCAGAAACUCCGGAACUGCGUUCUCGAGAUCCUCCACCGACUCCCGACCCACCAGACACAGACUUUGCCGGAGUCUUUCGAACCCUAUGCCGAAGAAGUCGUUGAUAUACUAAUGAGCCUGGUUCGAAACGAUAACGAAGACAAUGCCACCCUAUGCGUCAAAAUCAUCUCGGAUAUUAUGCGACACCAGCAUAAGAUUCUCCACGGGAAGGUCCAGCCUUUCUUGGAUUUGAUACAAGAGCUUUUUGAGCAGAUGGAGAAGGUCGUGAGAGAGCAACUCGAUAAUACAGCCACACCGUUUAAUGCGUCCGGUCCGCCUUCCACACCUGGCAGUACCCAGACCAACUUCCAGUCCCCAAGGCCCGGAUCACCAGUCGCAUCUGUCACAGACUUAGGCCAGGAUCUUCAACAGCAAAGCCGACCCUUGUUGAAAGGAAUGCAGUCUUUCAAGGUCCUUUCAGAGUGCCCGAUUAUUGUUGUAUCCGUAUUUCAAACGUACAGGAAUAUCAUCCAACAAAAUGUUAAGGCAUUCGUUCCCCUGAUCAAGGCAGUUCUCUGCCUUCAGGCCAAGGCACAGGAGCAAGCUCAUGCUGAAGCGAAAGCGAGAGGUACCGUCUUCGCGGGAGUCAGCCCGAAUAUCAAGAAUCGUGCAGCGUUUGGUGAAUUCAUCACGGCCCAAGUUAAGACUAUGAGUUUUUUAGCAUAUCUGCUUCGCCAAUAUUCUAGUCAGCUCGCCGAUUUCUUGCCCACACUACCGGAAAUCGUCGUUCGCCUACUUCGGGAUUGCCCGAGAGAGAAGUCUGCUGCUCGUAAGGAGUUGCUGGUUGCAAUUCGCCAUAUUAUAAAUUUCAACUUCCGAAAAAUAUUCCUCCCCAAGAUUGACGAGCUCUUGGAAGAGAAGACGCUGAUUGGUGAUGGCUUAACCGUCUAUGAUACACUGAGACCGUUGGCAUAUAGUAUGCUGGCCGAUUUGAUCCAUCACGUUCGCGAUUCACUCAAUCCGGAACAGAUCCGAAAGACGGUCGAAGUUUAUACUAGGAACUUACAGGAUAACUUCCCAGGUACUAGUUUUCAGACGAUGAGCGCGAAACUAUUGUUGAACAUGGCGGAAUGCAUAGCAAAGAUGCAGAAACAAGUCGAUGCACGGCACUAUUUGCUCAUGAUUCUCAAUGCGAUUGGUGAUAAAUUCGCGGCGAUGAACAGGCAGUACCCUAAUGCUGUGAAACUUUCUAAGCUCUAUGCGCAGCAAGCCGCCGACCAGGUCCCCGACACGUAUCUUGCAGAUAAGGAGCAUCAUCCUGAGUGGGAUGAAACUGACAUCUUCACGGCCAUGCCGAUCAAGACAUCGAACCCCCGUGAUCGUGGGACCGACCCCGUGGCAGACAAUAAGUUUCUCUUCAAGAAUCUUAUGAAUGGUCUUAAGAAUACCUUCUACCAGCUGAGAACGUGCAAUGGAUCGCUGCAGAUUGACCCGAAAAACGCACCACAGCAUUGGCAGGAGGUUUCCUAUGGAUUUUCUGCCGAGGAGGUUAAGGUCAUAAUUAAGCUCUUCCGAGAAGGUGCUUACGUCUUCCGUUACUAUGAAAUCGAGAAGCCGGCAGCGGAGUCACAGUAUGCUUCACCUGUGGAGUAUAUGGCCAACUUUUACAUGGUGUCUAGUAGCAAGGAGGAAAAGGACCUUCUUGAGACUUUCGCUACGGUAUUUCAUUGUAUCGACCCAGCCGCAUUCCACGAGGUAUUCCAACAGGAAAUCCCUCGACUCUAUGAGAUGAUCUUCGAGCAUACGGCUCUGUUGCAUAUCCCCCAAUUCUUCUUGGCAAGUGAGGCUACAUCACCAAGCUUCUGUGGCAUGCUUCUGAAGUUUUUGAUGGAGCGAAUUGACGAUGUGGGUUCGGCCGACGUAAAAAGGUCGUCGAUUCUCUUACGUCUAUUCAAGCUUGCGUUCAUGGCAGUUACCUUAUUCGCAAACCAGAAUGAGCAGGUUCUCCUCCCUCAUGUAGUGGACAUAGUCACCAAGUCAAUUGACUUGUCCACUAAAGCAGAGGAGCCCAUGAACUAUUUCCUGCUUCUCCGCUCUUUAUUCAGGAGCAUCGGAGGUGGAAAAUUUGAGCAUCUCUACAAGCAGAUUUUACCUCUUCUGGAAAUGUUGCUUGAUGUCCUGAAUAACCUGCUUAUGGCUGCUCGUAAGCCUGCAGAAAGAGAUUUGUACGUUGAACUGUGCCUUACAGUACCAGCACGACUCAGCAACCUGUUGCCGCAUCUAAGCUUCCUAAUGCGUCCGUUGGUCGUUGCGCUGAGGGCCGGUACGGAUCUCGUUGGCCAGGGGCUUAGAACUCUAGAGCUCUGCGUCGACAACCUGACGGCCGAUUACUUAGACCCAAUCAUGGCGCCCGUGAUAGAAGAUCUGAUGAAUGCACUAUUCGAGCAUUUGAAGCCGCAUCCCUAUAGUCACUUCCAUGCUCACACCACAAUGCGGAUUCUCGGCAAAUUGGGAGGCAGGAACCGGAAAUUUAUGACUGAAGCUUUACCUGUGAACUAUCAGAAGUAUGCUGAUGACCCUGCCAGUUUCGACCUUCGUCUGAUAGGAUCGAAGAAGGACCGUGCAUUCCCGGCCGAACUUGGUAUUGACUUCGCUAUCCGUAAACUAAUGGAAAUCCCAAGACCAUCAAAAGCCAACUCGGCCAGGCAAUUUGAUGGAUAUUAUAAAAAGCAAGCCCUGCAGUUGAUCAAGUCUCAGCUCAAACUUCGUGUUGGUAUCGAUCAUCUGCCUGAGGACCUGCCUCGAUUGGUUCGCCUUCAAGUACAGGAUCUCCUCGCUAGGAAACCGGCAGCCGAUUUCGCAAUAUUCAACACGUCGGACCGCGAGCGAUCUGUUGCCAAGAAAGAUGAACAAGAUGAGGUUACAAAACGCCUCAUUAAGGCUAUUAUGUAUGCAGAGUCACUUCCCGAGUUCCGAGAAGAAGCGGAUGUUUUUCUCAUGAAUCUGUGCCGGCAUUUCACCAUCAUCGAAAUCGGGCGUGGGCUUGUGGAUAUUAAGAAAGAAACGGGCCUUUUCGAUGUACAGGCGGGAGAGGGUCCCUUAUACAUCGACACUCGGGUUCUAGCGGAUGCGAUAGUCGAGUCGCUUGCUUCGGAUCUGCCUGAUGUGCGUGAUGCCGCUUUUCGAGCGAUCCGAGCGGUUUACGACUCUACUGCAACUAUUUUUGGUUCUGAACUUAAUGUAGGCCGGUUAGGAUUCUUCAGCCAUCUUAGUAAGACAUUCUGCCAUGCUUGCAAUGAGGAAGAGUGGUACACAAAAACUGGUGGCAGUCUUGGUAUCAGGUAUCUCCUGGUUGAAAUCGAUUUGGGAGAAGCUUGGGUCUUAUCCAAGCAGAUGGACUUUAUACGAGCUCUAAUGUAUGUGGUCAAGGAUAUGCCACAGGAUUUACCAGAGAAAACCAGGAAUUCGGCGCAAACGACUCUCGAAUCUCUUUUAAGGAGGAUCACUGCGAAUGUGAAGAAAGAAGAUGCAUUGCCUCCCGCGCAGCCAAACCCACCUCAUCCCAAAGCCUCGCGCUUACCGCAGAUCUGCGUACUUUUCAAUGAUGAACUGUCUCAUAUGAACAGACACGUUCGGGGAACAGCGAGACGCUCACUCGAGAUAAUUGCCAACGCAACCAACGCAGAAAUAUGGGAGCUUUUGCAACCUCACAAAGAUCGAUUAUUACAGCCUAUCUACGCCAAGCCUUUGCGGGCGUUACCGUUUUCGACUCAGAUAGGAUACAUCGAUGCGAUCGCCUAUUAUAUGAGUUUGAAGCCUGACUUUGUCUCUUUCGAUGAUCAUCUGAACCGGCUACUUAUGGAGUCGCUGGCUCUAGCCGAUGCUACGGAUGAAUCUCUGGCUGGAAAACAUGCAGAAUUUCGAACUCACGAAUCCAUUGUGAACCUUCGUGUUUCUUGCAUCAAGAUAUUGAGCAAGGCAAUGGGAUUUGACGAUUUCCAGAAGGGCCAAAACAAUCCUACGAGGACCAAAAUUGUCUCUGUGUUUUUCAAGUGCUUAUAUUCGGAAUCCAAACCUACUAUCGAGGCAGCAAACGACGCUCUGAAGGCUGUGCUCUCUCAAACCAACAAAUUACCCAAGGACUUACUACAGCAAGGACUUAGGCCUGUCUUGGCUAACCUCCAGGACCCUAAGCGAUUGAGUACCCAUGGGUUGGAUAACCUUGCAAGGCUUCUUCGUCUGCUUACUACUUAUUUCAAAGUAGAAAUUGGCGCAAGGCUGCUAGAUCACAUUAAGGUCCUCGCAGACCCAAACCUUCUUCAGCAGAUCUCGUUCACAUUCUUCGAGCAGAAUAGUCAGAUGAAAGUAGUUGCGGCAGUGUUCAACAUUUUCUAUCUCCUACCGCCCGCUGCAGAGCAAUUCAAGGAACGACUUAUCGACACCUGCUUGGAACUUGAGGAUAAACUACGCCGUACCCACCACAGCCCCUUCCGAGCUCCGUUAUAUAAGUAUCUUAACCGUUACCCAGCUGAAUCCUGGGGUUUCUUAUUGAGCAAAUUGGAAGAUUUGAAAUACGGUCGAUUCCUCGCCCAGGUCCUCUUGCAUCCAGAAAGCAAGCCACUAAGAGAACAUGCGGCCGCCAAUAUUGAUGGGUUGAUCAGUUUCUGUACCCAGGUUGUGAAUGCCACUAAAGAGACAAGAUUCGUAGCUGUCGUUAACACAAUCAAUGUCCUCGAUUCACUAAGCCAAAAUGCUAACACGCAAGGUUGGCUGGAACGAAAAGACAUAAUUGGAUGGCUGAGGCAAGUCGGUAAGGAGCUUGAGCGCCACUUACGAACUAAUAGUUUACCGCCGAACCUACGACUGCCCGCUGAUCAAGCGGCUGAGCAACUUAUGGGCAUCUUCACCAAAGCCCUAUCACUAAACCCUAGAGAUCUAGAUGCCCUCUUUAGCCUCGUGGACUCGGUUACUUCAGAAGAGUUGCGUGCUACGCCAUCUCUAUUUGACUUCCUCUAUAAUCAUGUCAUCCGUAGCGAAUCUAUCGACUACUGGAAAUCCGUGAUACUCCGUUGUCUCGACAUUUAUGCUGGGAAGAACUCUACCCAGAAAACGAAAUGCUUCCUCCUGCGCAACGUCGUCAAUCCCAUUGUCGCCAUGGAUGUCAUGCGUCAUUGGAAUCAGCCUAGAGCCCAAAGAUUGGUGGAUCGCGCGGUUAUUGAGUCCAUCAACGUUAAGAUUUGGAAAGUCAAUCCCGGCGAUCCACAAGAGGAUCUGGCACAACCAGGCAUUGAUCACACAAGAAUGGAAGUUCUCCAACUUUCUGCUAUGCUAGUGAAGUAUCACCAUUCCAUUCUUCAAGAUGCCAGGAAGGAUAUCAUCAAGUUUGGUUGGACCUACAUCAGGCUGGAUGACGUGAUCAACAAGCAUGCGGCAUACGUUGUGAUAGGGUAUUUCAUCGCGCAUUAUGAGACGCCUCCAAAGAUUGUCACCCAGGUGUAUUACUCAUUGCUUAGGACCAAUCAGAAUGAAGGGCGUGCGCUGGUUACACAAGCGCUCGAAUUGAUGGCACCCGUCCUACCUCAACGCUGUACAGCAAUGCAAGGCGACCGUGGUGCCGGAGAUCGCAACGCCGUUUGGGCCAUGGCACCACGCCGCAUCUUGGCCGAGGAAGGACAAAAUGUUCAGCAAAUGACGAGCAUUUUCCACUUCUUGGUUCGACACCCAGAUCUCUUCUACGAAUCUAGAGAUAAAUUUGCUCUUCUGAUUAUCACAUCUCUUCGAAAGGUGUCUCCUUUCCAGUCAUCCUCAACCGAGAGCAAGAGACUCGCUUUGAACAUGAUGUGGCUGAUUUGGCAGUGGGAGGAAAGAAGAGUUGACGGCAAGCUUAACGACGCCAAGAGGUCAUUGUCCGAGUCACCAAAUACUAAGAAACAACGAUUAGACGGCGAACUAAUCACUUCCUCCCCGCCAGCAGCGCGGCAGGUUGCUCAGGUCGACAGAGCCGAAUUUCAGAUCCCCGGCGGCUUCCGACAGAAGAUGGUUAAGUAUCUCAUUGAAUUCAUUGCGCAACUAAAUGAGAGAUAUCCGCUACCUUCUGCGAAGCCAAGGGAUAUCGCAUUGACCUCUGGACCCGCCCUUCCAAGUCAGUCUACUGAGUUGUGCAAGAAGGCAAUGUCACUUCUUUAUAACCUCUUGCAACCGCGAUACUGGGGCGAUCUUGAUGUUGACUUAUUCCCGAAUAUCACCGAAGCUGUCCUAGCUAGCGAAAAAACUCAGAAGAUCCUAACUGCUGACCCAUCCGACAAAGACAACUAUGAUGAGAGGUUUAUAACUAACAUCCUGAACACCUUACAGGUGGUGAGGAUUAUCCUCAACUUCAAAUCUGACGAGUGGAUUCAGAAGAAUAUGUCGUCAGUCCAGAAAGUUAUUGAGAAGUGCCUCAAGUCAGAAAAUCCAGAGCUACAGGAUUCUCUUCAUCUAGCAGAUAAAAAGUACGACGAUGGACGCGAUGUGAAAUCAACCGUUCAGCGAAUUCUUGAUGCUGUGCCGGAGGAUGUUCCAAUGGAAGACGCAGACGCCGAGGGAGAAUCUGAAGCUCCUACCUCGGAGAUUAUCACGUUCCUGUCCAACGUUGCGACGGAGUCGCUAACAGCUUCCAACUAUGUAUCUGGAGUGAAUGUUCUAUGGUCUCUAGGACAACGGAAACCUUCGGUCAUAGACCAACAUAUCGUGUCCUUGAUGAAGGCAUUACAGACCAAACUCGCGAGAGAGCACGUCCAGCACUAUGCGAGCGUAGCCGCACACCAGCAGAUGAGCAUGAGCAACAUGCGGCCUCAGGACCAAAAUCCACAACCUGGAGAGUUGUCACAAUACGAUCUCAACAUCCAGACUGAUCUGAUGAUCAAGGCCAUUCAAGUGAUUGCAAUGCGCAUGGAAAUCCUUGGUGACAACCGUCGACCCUUCUUGAGCGUUCUAGCAACACUGGUUGAGAAGUCACAGCACAUCCCACUCUGUGAAAAGAUCCUUGAUAUGGUAGAGGGCUGGGUGUUCCGAUCUGAUGGCACAUGGCCGACACUUAAGGAGAAGACCGCGGUUUUACAUAAAAUGCUUUCCUUUGAACAUCGAAGCGACCCGACAAUGCUAGGAAAAUUCCUCGAGCUGGUAAUCCGCAUUUAUGAGGAUCCAAAAAUCACGCGAACUGAACUUACCGUUCGCAUGGAACAUGCCUUUUUAAUUGGAACCCGAGCUCAGGACGUUGAUAUGCGGAACCGAUUCCUGACAAUAUUCGACAAGAGUUUAUCUAAGACAGCAACAGCACGACUAUCGUAUGUCAUUAGUUCGCAGAACUGGGAUACACUUGCAGACUCCUUCUGGUUAGCACAAGCCGGUCAACUUCUCCUAGGAGCUGUGGAAAUGAAUUCUAGCAUUCAACUACAUCAUCAAGACUUCCGAACACUUCCAGCAUCUGUCGUGUUUGGUGUUUACUCUAGGGACACUAGAGAACCCUCCUCAAUGGUUGAUGACAAAUAUGAGACAUUCAUGGCCAAUCACCGUCGUUUUGUUGCCGAACUAGGAGAUGUUAAAGUUCGAGACAUCAUAGAGCCUUUGACUCAACUUCAACAUAUUGACUCCAAUUUGUCUCAUAAUCUUUGGGUCACACUAUUCCCGAUGUUCUGGUCAGCUACUGCCAAAGAGGAAAAGACGGAUCUCGAAAAGGCUCUAGUAGUGCUCCUUUCGAAGGAUUUCCAUUCUCGACAAAUUGACAAGAGACCCAACGUAGUACAGACUCUAUUAACGGGAGCCGCUAAAGCGUGGCCCGAGUGCAAGAUCCCCCCACACAUCCUCAAAUUCGGCGCCAAGACUUACGACGCUUGGUAUACCGCCCUAGUUCAGCUAGAAAAUGCGGCUAUCAGGCCGGAUAUCGACUCGCAUAAGGUGCGAGAGAGUAACCUUGACGCAUUAGUCGAAUUGUACUCGAGUCUGAAAGAAGAUGAUCUAUUUUACGGUACUUGGCGUCGCCGAUGCCAAUUUGUUGAAACCAAUGCAGCCCUUUCCUACGAACAGAAUGGGAUGUGGGACAAGGCCCAAAAGAUGUACGAAGCGGCCCAAAUCAAGGCUCGAACAGGUGUCAUUCCAUUCUCCCAAGGCGAAUAUAUGCUCUGGGAUGAUCAUUGGGUUCUCUGCGCGCAGAAACUACAACAGUGGGAUAUCUUACAAGACUUCGCUAAGCACGAGAACCUUCAAGAUCUUCUCCUCGAAUGCGCUUGGCGAAGCAUUGAUAUGUGGCAGAGCCAAGAACAGCGCGAGAGCUUAGACUCGAUUGUGAAAGGGGUCAUGGAUGCACCAACAGCCCGACGUGCCUUCUUCCAGAGUUUUAUGUCUUUACUCAAAUUCCACAACAAGCAAGAGACUGCCCAAGAUCUCUCUCGCGUCUGUGACGAGGCCAUACAAUUGUCGAUCAGGAAAUGGCACCAACUUCCAAAGCGCCUAACUGCUGCCCAUAUUCCCCUUCUUCACAACUUCCAGCAACUCGUCGAACUCCACGAUGCCAGUGUUAUUUGUGGAAGCCUAGCAAAUACAAACCAGACGAAUUUGGACGUUAAAUCAGGUGAACUGAAACUUCUGCUUGGAUCUUGGAGGGACAGAUUACCAAAUAUCUGGGAUGACAUAACCGAUUGGCAAGACUUGGUCACUUGGAGACAGCAUAUCUUUGGUUUGAUCAACCAAACAUAUCUCCAGCUUCUCCCUCAACAAGGCCAAGGCGCUAAUGGCGCUUCGUUUGCAUACCGCGGUUAUCAUGAGACAGCCUGGAUUAUCAAUCGAUUUGCCCAUGUUGCCCGCAAGCACAACCUACCCGACGUAUGCAUAAAUCAACUCAGUCGAAUUUAUACUCUCCCUAACAUCGAAAUACAAGAGGCGUUCUUGAAGCUUAGGGAACAGGCGCGAUGCCAUUAUGAGAACCCAGCGGAACUCUCUAGUGGACUCGACGUCAUUAAUAACACUAACCUCAAUUAUUUCAACAACCAGCAAAAGGCCGAAUUCUUCACUCUAAAGGGAAUGUUCUUGGAGAAACUCAGCCAGAAAGAAGAAGCGGACGCAGCCUAUGGCACUGCGCUUUACUAUGAUAUCGGCAAGGCCAAGGCAUGGGCCGAAUGGGGUUACUUCAACGACCGCAAAUUUAAGGAGGACCCUACGGAUCUCAAUUCUGCUAGACAAGCCCUGACUUCCUACUUGCAAGCUAUUGGUAGUUACAAGAGCGGCAAGGCUCGGAAGCUCAUUGCGCGUAUACUCUGGCUCUUGAGUUUGGAUGACUCAAAUGGCACUAUCGCCGCUGGUUUUGAUGAUUACAAAGGAGAGACUCCUGUCUGGUAUUGGAUCACUUUUAUUCCGCAACUCUUGACAGGCAUGGCCCACAAGGAGGCCCCUAAAGUUCAUGCGAUUUUGUUGAAGAUAGCGAAGGCUUAUCCGCAAUCGUUAUACUUCCAACUAAGGACAAACCGUGAAGAUAUGCUCGCCAUCAAGAAGAACCAGGAAGCUAAGGAAAAGGCACGACAACGAGCACAGUCAGCGGCAGGUAGUAACAAGCCGAGUAGCUCGCCGUCCCUAAGCAAGCAGGAAAAUCCUCAGGUGAAACCGGACUCGUCUUCUAGGCCCGCAACCUCCAACGGGGAAGGUAGUGCACAGGCCAAAACAGAACCAUCCGAGGCUAACGGAACACCCAAUGCACCACAAGGAAAUGGUACCACUCCCGCGCCCAAUGCGGAUCAGCAGUCGGCUGGGAAGGAUGGCGCUUCUUCGACACCAGCGCAUAAGAGACCACCCUGGGAGCUCACAGAAGAAAUAAUGUCUGUUCUGAAGACCGCCUUCCCACUCCUUGCGCUCUCCAUGGAGACAAUGGUUGAUCAGAUCCAAAAGUACUUCAAGUGCCCGCCCGACGAGGACGCGUACCGACUAAUUAUAGCACUUCUGAAUGAUGGGCUAGCAUAUGUCAGCCGCAUGCCUGCCUCUUAUGCUAAGGACGUGAAGCUACCAGCUGCUACUGAGACUAACAUCACUCGAUUUGCUGAAACCAUUCUACCCGCACACAUCAAAAAGUCAUUUGAGGCAGAAUUCGUUCAAGUGAAGCCGACAAUGUUUGAAUACAUCCACAAACUCCGAAAAUGGCGCGACAAGUUUGAAGAGAAGCUUGACCGAAGAAAUCCGAAAGCUUACUUGGAGACGUACUCACGUCACCUAAGCGAAUUCCGCUACCAGAAAUUCGACGAUGUCGAGGUCCCCGGUCAGUAUCUACAGCAUAAGGAUAAGAACCAAGAUUUCAUUCGAAUCGAUCGCUUCCUUCCUAAUGUGGAUCUUGUCCGAGGCGUUGGCGGUUCGCAUCGACGCCUCAAGAUCCGCGGCCAUGACGGUAGUAUUCAUUCAUUCGCCGUCCAACAUCCCGCCGCACGACACUGUCGACGAGAAGAGAGAAUUCUACAACUGUUCCGACAUCUAAACCAGACACUUGCCAAGAAGAAGGAAAGUCGACGUCGCGAUCUUCAAUUUACUGUGCCUUUGAUUGUUCCUCUUGCACCACAUAUACGAAUUGUACAAGAGGAUACGUCUUACAUUACACUACAAGGAAUCUACGAAGAUCAUUGCCGACGCAACGGGAUGUCUAAAGACGAGCCGGUCAUGUUUACUAUGGACAAGUUGAGGGGUCUGAUUGAUGCUAAGGCCAGCAGGCCCACUGAGCAGACACAGACGAGCAUGGCACGUCUCGAAGUAUUCACGGCUAUCCAGGAGAAGUGGGUUCCACGCACAGUUGUCCUAGAGUAUUUCCAGAGCAUCUUCCCGGAAUUUUCCGAGUUCUGGUUAUUCCAACGACGCUUCUCUUACCAACUUGCGGCACUCACGUUUAUGACGUACAUCCUUUACAGCACGAACAGGUAUCCUCACAAGAUCCACAUCGCGCGUGGCUCGGGUAAAAUCUGGGGUUCCGAAGUUAUGUCCUUCAUGGCACCCGGAAAACCCUUCUUCCACAAUCCUGAGCCGGUACCAUUUCGUCUCACUCCCAACCUACAAACCUUAAUGGGCCCUCUAGCCACAGAGGGUAUAUUCAGCUGCUCAAUCAUGGCAAUUGCACGAUGCCUGACUGAGCCCGAGUUCGAACUCGAGCAUGCGCUGACGCUAUUUGUCCGAGAUGAAGUGAUUUUCUGGUUUACCAGCAGUCAUAGAACAAUCCAUCUCAACGAGAAUCAACUACGCGAAACAGUUCAGACGAACUGUGACAUGAUCGUCAAGCGCGCCGUAAGCCUAGCACAGAGUCCAGUGGGCAACCUACCGGCGAACCAGACAGUCAUUGAUCUCAUCGCCCGAUCUGUUAACCCCAUGAAUCUGGCGCAAUGCGAUGCUCUUUGGAUGCCCUACCUCUAAAACAAAAAGAAAAAAAAUAUACUCAUGGAAAAUUGCCAAUCAGGCGUGGUGGCUGGGCGGCUCACUUCUCUUCAUUUGCGAUUCGGUUUCACAAAGGGCGAGGCUAUUUUGUAGCAAGGCGUUCGGGGAAAAGGUGCUAAAGGUGCAUGUAAAGAGUUAAAAAGGGUUCGCAACCCAGCUCUAUUCAUCCGUUCAUCGGGUCAAAUGGCCGGCAUAAGGACCUAGGACAAUAUUCUAGUACUUGAGAGGACGAGUACUUUACUCAAGACUUGCUUUGUUGCGG